UGGUCACAUGGUCACACUGUUCUUUCUUCUCUCCUUCUCUCAUGUGGUAUUGUGCUACGGCCUGGACUACUUCCUGAAUCUCGUGAGAGAUUUUUGUAUAAUUGUAUCCUGACUUCGGUUUUUGUUUCUGCUUCAGACUCUCCCUCUUCGUAGAGUUUUUCUUGCCAGUCCUCCAGCCUCAGUGUCUCAUCUGUGUGUUUCCACUACCUGCCCUGCUCUCACUACAUGUCCAUUUCCCGGAGGCGAAUUUGCGAAUCCUAUUGGUGAAGGAUCUUGUAUUGGGGAGAAAUAGACUACGGGGCAAAAAGUCAUCUGGAAAGUGAAGGCAGUCCCAGGUUUACAGACGAAACAAAACCUGACAUGGCCCUGACACUGUCCAAGCAUGACAUGAAACCACAGCCUGGGGACUUGAUUGAGAUCUUCCGGGGCCCCUAUCAGCACUGGGCUGUGUAUAUUGGCAAUGACUUCGUUGUUCACUUGGGAUUGACAACAUUCUUUGAUGUCGCGGGUGCAGACACCAGCAUUAUGAUGUCUGUCCUGACUGAAAAAGCCAUGGUGAAGAAAGAGAAACUGCAGGACGUGGUGGGCGACAACAAGUGGAAAAUCAACAACAGCCUGGACGAGAAGUACGAGCCCUGCCCAGUCCAGUUUAUUGUGAAGGAGGCCUGUGCACGUGUGGGCAAGGAGCUGCCGUAUUCCAUCUUCACGGGGAACUGUGAGCACUUUGCAAAUGAGCUACGCUAUGGAAAAAAAGAGUCCCGGCAGUUACAGUGAGGACAUGGACGUGGUGAAAAUGGUCCUGAGUUGUCCCUGUCACCCCGAGGACCAGUUCACCACCAGCAUCCUGAGACACUGGGCAUCCAAUCACGACAACAUGCUGGAGAACACAUCAAGGCCCAGCUGAUCAAGAACAACAAUCAGCCCCGCAAGAGAGAGCAAUAGACAGGUGAGGACAGACAGCGAUGGAUAAGUGAGGACAGAGGUGAGGACAGUCUCUGGGUACCUGUUGAACAGUGGUUGUGUCUCUGUCUUCAGUUCCAGCAGUAAACUGGCUCAGCUCAUCCUGGAACAGAUCCUGGAGCUCAGGGACAACCUGACGCUGAGCCUGAGCAACACCAAGAACAGGUGUCGGUACACACACAGGCUUAUUGAUAACUGAUUGAUUGCGUCUGUCUCUGCCAGUCUUCACUCAGACCCCAAUCCUUCAGGCUCUGCAGCACGUUCAGGCCUAAACACCUCUUUUCUCUCAGCUGGACAGGUAGGCUGGAAUAAAAUACAGCUGCUUGUUAUUUUCUAUAAAUUGAACUAAAUAUGUUCUGUUGGCUUCCUGCUCAGGUUCCAGUCUGAAGGGGAGAUGUUUGUUAACCUGCUUCACUUGUCCAGACGUUUAGGAACAGCGUUUGUUGGUGUGGAGAAGCUGAAGCAUUGACCUGACACACGACACCGUACUUUUACUGCCAGAAUAUUGUCCUCCUCUGAGAUUCACCGUCACUUGCUGUCACUUCAUAUCAAACACUGAGACAUCCAGAUUAAAGGAGCUGCUCUGAUAGAAGCACCUGUCAGAUAGAUGUCCUGCAGGGUUUCCGCUGGGUCUUAAAGUCUAAAAAUAAAAAAUUGAAGGCCUUAAAAAGUCUUACAUUUGCUGAAGUAUGAGUUUUAGGUAGGAGGUAGCGUUAAACAUCCAUUUAACGCUACCUCUAAUGCUCAUUGAAAUGGCCCCGCAGCGCUCAAGAAUGUCUUUUCCCCUUGUGGUGGUGUAUUUCUUUUUGUCGAUAGUCCACAUCGGUCCAAAUAUAAUUCGCUGUAUUACGACUACAAAGACUAACAGGCAGCUUUUGUGUUAUUGCCGCAAGUCUCUCGGAUUGUACCACAGAUAUAAAACUGAUUCGGACCUAUUCUUCAGCAAUGGGGAAGUGCAACCUUAUUGGUUCUUCGAUGAAAAAACGGAUCUUAGGGCUUAAAACCAUAGUGUUGCUGCUUAAUGAAUGAACGCCGCUAUUGAAAUUUCACACGAACAUUAAUGAUUUUCAGUAAACUACGGUAACACUCAACGCAUGGCUGUCUUCCUCUCCUCGUUCUUUUAAGGACUAGCGAAUGUGAGAGAGCUGCAGAAAGUUAAAGUUAGCGGAGGAUAACAUCAGCAUCAAGUUGUUAUGUUAAAACUCUGUCCUUUACAUCUCAAUAGUUAAAUUAAAAAAGGACAGCGUUGACCACGGAGGAGCUGAGGUUAGUAACGUUAAAGUAAAUUAGGGAUGCAAACUAACGAUAGUCCUUUUAAGCUAAUGAGGAGAUUAUUCUUCUGGAUUUUGAUGUACAAAUGAAACGCUUGUAGUAAUACAGACGGGUGGUUCUCAUGUUGCCUAUGAUGUUAAUUUCUACAAAUGUAUAAAACAGUAGGCUAAAUUAAGACACAAAAGGCAAACAUGAACUGUCCUAUCUGUAAUGAUUCUGAGGUCAUGUGUGAGGCUCAAAACUGCUUGGUGCUGCACAAUGAAUGUAAAAUCACUGUGGAGAGCAUCAAAACUAACCAAAUGAAUUUUCCCAGAUCUAAGGGUUUUAAUUCAACCCCAGUAGUCUUAUUUAGUAAGUUCAGGUUUUGGUGUGUAGUUUAUUGUCUGCUCCCCUGAAUUUAUCCACUAGCAGUAGGUUAAGUUUUCUAAAGUCGCCAAAAAGACACAGAACUCACCAAUUUUGUAGACAUCACUCAAUCCUAAUUUGAAUACAGUGAUUUACUCCAAGAAAUUUUGUGACUGCAUUUCCUUUAUGAGUUUCUUUUUUUAUAUAUAUAUAUGAUCAUAAUGGUCUUAAAAAAGGUCUUAAAUUUGACCAGGUGAAACCUGCAGAAACCUUGAUAUUGUUCCAUUACCUCGUCUACCUGACUUAACAAUUUGCAUAAUGGGGAACUUAUUUUAAGCUAUCUUUAUUGGUUUAUGAUUCCAUAAAACGCCACAUUUAAAGCUCCCUUUUAUAUUAUUUAAGUAAAAGUGCUGCUGAUGGUAUAAAAUUAUGCAUCGUCGCUUUUUACAGUAAAGAAAGUAGUAAAAGGAAAUUUUUAUUUAGCUCAAGAGAUUCAAGUUAUUAUCACGUAACACAAACAAAUCUCAUGAAGAAUCUGGAAAUGGAGACUGUUCAACAUUAUUGCAAAAAAGAAUGAAAACAAAUUGAUUAUUAACAUUGUUGCUGGUUAAUUAUUUGACCAAGCAGUCAAUUACUUUGUCUAUUCAGCUUUAUGGAAGCUGUGCCUUAUUUUGUGUCUGUUAAAUGUAGAAAUGACAGAUGUUUAAGCUUUUGAUACUAAUAAAGGGAACUUGAAUUCACAUCAUCCAAAGAACUUUUUAAAACCAACACUCCUUAUUUGGUGAUUUUCAUGUUUCUUUACUUGAACACAAUUUUGUAAUAAUGGAGUUGUAUUUGUAUUUUUGAGGACUACCAUCUGAAAAUGGGCAUUUUGUAAAUUUUAAGUAAGUUUCCAUCAGUAUUUGAGUCUAGCACAAUUAAUUUUUUUUGAGUAGAUUUCUCUCAGAUUAUAAAUUGUGCAUAAUUACAUUUGAGUAAAGAAUUGGUGGAAUUUAAUUUUAAUCAUCAGUGAAUCUAUGUAAUUUAGUAUGUGGAAAUUAAAUGUUUUAAAAAAUA